ACGCAUUAGCAUGCAGAUGUCAUUUUGCUGUAAACAAAUUACCAUCUAAAAUUCUGACGAUGCACAUAAACAAGGCCAAACAGUCGUUUUCCUCUGGCCUUGUUAAUGCCUUUUGGAAAAUUUCCUUUGCACAACGGCAUGUUGCGCCAUUGCCUUCUGUGUUAGGGUAUUUUUGAGCAGCAGCUACUUUUUUUAUCUAACGGCUAGUUGGGGCACCAAUGCUUAGUUGCCACUCAGUUAAGGUCGAGUCAGCGCUUUGCCUACAGCCCAUUUUCUCUUCAAAAAGACUUCAUUUUGCUGGAAUACUUUUCUUUUAUGUGUAUGUUGAAUUAAUAAUAGCUGCAGGAUGGAGGGCACACGCGCACCCUCGGCGACAAAUUCUGCCCUGUGACACCUCGGCAGCAGUGGUGGUGGAAGAGUCUUUUACUUGAGUGAAAAUGUGAAUGAGGACAAGACACUGCAGUGCACUAAAACUCUUAUUAUUAUUUUCAUUCUUGAUUCUUAAAUGUAAAAUCCCUGUUCUGUGCUUACUUAAUGAGGUGUUAAAUGAAAAAAAAAGCACUUGGUCUACGAGCAAAUCACUUGUUUGCAGCCAUAUUCAAAUUUCAAAACAAGCACAAGGAUUCAAUUUGCUCAACUUUAUACCUGAAGCGCUGUUUUGCUUUUGUUGUACUUACCGUAUUUUCCGGACUAUAAGGCGCACCUUCAAUGAAUGGCCCAUUUUAAAACGUUGUCCUUAUAUAAGGCGCACCGGACUAUAAGGCGCACCAUUAAUGCAUCAUGUCAGAUUUUAAUCCAAAUCAAAUCAUUCUCCAUUUUAUCUUUUUUAUUCCAACUUCAGACGAAACAAAUUACUUUGUAAUCACAAAAUAAUGAUCCAUAGUCUUUUUGACUCAUGAUUCAUAGUCUUCAGUGGGCCACUUAUGAUUGAUUUCAUGACACAAUGCUUUGGGCCAGUUUAAAUUUAGGAAUUUGGUCCAUAUAUAAGGCGCACUAGACUAUAAGGCGCACUUUAGCUUUUGAGAAAAUUUUAGGUUUUUAGGUGCGCCUUAUAGUCCGGAAAAUACGGUACUUUAACUUUAAGUCCACCUGAACCAUGUCAACUUCUGUAUUAGUUAUCCAUUUUAAACAUUCCUCUUUCUGUUAGGCCAAUUUAAUUGGUAAAAGACGUGAAAGGCGACGGUUUCAGAGCUUCAAUGUGCACACACAUAAGCAUGUCCGACAGUAAUGAACCCGACAAGAACUGCUGAAAUGAACAGGAUGGCUUGCAAAUAUUUGUCUGGCAGGUUCAAUCAGAAAGCUCAUUUCCUUUUAAUUUCAUUCUUAACUGGGAAAAAAAACCCCGCUGCUUUACCUUCUUGAUUUUUUUAUGUGGAGAAAAUAGAGAACCGUUAACUUUGGUUUUCACUAAUUUAUUUUCUGUCAGUACUUUUUGCGAGGAAAAUUAUCGCUUUCCUGUGCAAUUUGAUGAUUCGUUAUUAUGCAAAAGAAACAUUAAGAGAUAACAAACCGAGCUGGCUCAACACCUUGUUAGGAUCUUCCUACCACUCGGGUACAACUGCAUUGGCUUAACCUAUUCCGCAAGGUGAUGGAAAGGUUACGCUAUUUUCUUAUCAUGCAAAUAGGAAUGUGAGAGUGUGGUCUGGUGUUUGUAAAUGUGUGGCCAGGAAGCAGGAAUCCGCUUCCAUGAGGAGUCCCACUGAGCCGUCAUGGCGCACUGAUCAAACUACGGCAAAGUCACCGGAUCAAUCACACUAAGCACAUAUACUGUGAAUGCAAAUAUACCCUCAUCACUUCCUUUGGUCACGGCUGAUGCAAAUCACAAGUGAUGCUCCAACGUAUAAAUCCCUGCCAGUCGAAGAGCUUCAACCUUGCUGCGUGCGUCCUGUAGACGACUUCAGGCGAGGAUUAUCACUUGGAAAAGGAAAACCAAAAUGUGAUUCUGCAGACAGAGCCAAAAGUGUUGAAAAGGAUCGUGAGGGAAAUGUACGCAGAACUCUUACAUCGGAUUGUAAGUGAUAAUUAAAAAUAAAAAGCUUUGCCCAUUUGCUGCGGUUUCUGGACUCCAACAGAAGAUUUGGGACUAAGCUUGUAUAAGAAAGACUAAAGAAGGUGGCAGGGUGUUACUAGAGUGGAAUUAAUGUGAGGGUUUUUCCUUUUAGCCUGACAUCAACAAAGUGUUUGGAGAGAGAGCUUUUCAUCAUGCUUGGGACAAACAAAAUGACCAUGUGGCUCUUGACGGGCAUGACAGCUGUUACCACUGUGUUCUUGAACCUCUAUAUUUUCUUGACGAGCGUGUCCAACUACAAGCAGAAGAAGCAGUGGAGCCCCAGUGAGAGCAUCAUUGUAGCUUUGUCCUUGGCAAACAUCAGCCACCAGCUCAUCUGCUACUUCUGGAUGAGCAUGGAUGAAGUGGACAGCAAGUGUCACAUUGCCCAGAUGCCCUACGCCGUCAUGCUGGUCAUUACUUUCACUCUCAAGUUCACCAUCAUGUGGGACAGCAGCUUCCUGACAUUCUACUACAGCACCAAGCUGGUGAGCACGCCCAACCAGUGCUACACACACAUCCAGGCCACCAUCAUCAAGCAUGUGACACUCGCUUUGUUUCUCAUCCCACUGAGUGGCCUGGGGACCUGCAUGCCCAUGCUGGUGGUCUUCCACAGGGCCAAUGACACCGUGGGUGAUAAAGACUGCGGCGUGUUAAUGCCCAACUCAAAGCCUGGAAAGAUUUACGAGGCCCUCUAUCUGAUCCUUGCAGAUGUGCUGCCGGGGAUGCUCAUGGUAAAAUGCUGCAUCUCCAUCUCCGUGCACUUGGCGGUGCAUGUGCGCCGCAUGAAGGCCAGCACCAAUGGUGCUCACAUCCCGAAGAUGGGCACUCAGAUGAGGGUGAUCCAAAUGGCUCUUUCUUUGGUGGCCGUCUUCCUUAUUUUCCUCGUGGUCGACCUGUACGUCAACUAUCAGAUAGCCGUGCAUCAUGAGAACGCCAUCACGCUGACGUUAUUCUUCACAUCCAUCUAUACCACGGUUUCUGCCAUGGUGCUGAUCUAUGGGAAAAAAACUCUUUGGAAAGCUUUGAUCCAUGAUUUUAACAUCUGCAUGGACCUAUAUCCAUGUCUGACAUGUCUGAAGGUGCCUGAGCAGAGGGACCAAUCUAGCAGCACCCCUGCAAAGAUCAAGAACUGAAGGUUUGAUUGAAGCAAAUAAUCGUGCUAUAUUCCAGUGAUUCGCUGACACUCGGCUGCGAGGAAUCAACCAACUUGAGCGAAAUGGUUGGAAAAUUCGUCUUGAUUUACAACAAAUAAUGUGUCUUUGUUCAUUGAUCUAUGAAUCUUCUAUUGUAAUAUAAGCGCUUUGGCUCAAUAAAGAUUGUGGAGCAUGGCCAUAAUCCAAUCCUGACUUUGUAACUGAAACCUACUCAAGAUUUUGUAUAGUUGUUGUGUAGACAUUCAAAAACGGCUUUAUUACAUAUUAUACUAUAUGAAUUGCAGCAUGCCCACACUCCAAAUCAAAUUUAUUAACAUAGGCUUUAAUCACAAAAGAGUUUCAAAUCAUCGCUGCGAAGUGUGCACUGCUUUUGACCCUGAUUGCUCAUUUCCAUGUGUGUGAAUUUUUCUCUCCAAUAGCCACGCUACGAUCCAGGGGGAUACUUAAAGAAAUGAUAAUAAUGCUUUCCAUGAUAAGAUAAUUUCAAUGAACACUAAUAACACUGCAAAAUCAACGCUGUUUAGUUUAUAGAAUGUUUUAUUACCAAAAUAAUUCUUCAAAAAAUAUUAAAAUGCAAAGUACUCAUACAAGCUUUUUUUUUUUCUCUUUUUUAAAUUUAUUUUAGAUUAUAUUACCUGUCAAUGGAACAUUUGGCCAUCACCUUUGCCAUGCAUUUGUAGACCUUUUUGUUUGGGGUUUGCAAGUUCUCCUGGCGCUUGGAUGACUUAUCUCUAAAUAUUAAUGCGUGCUUGCAUCGAUCUGAAGCCUUUCCUGGUGGGCAACAGCUCGUGGGGGUUUGGGGGAGCGGGGGAAUAGUUCAACCAGGGAUGCAAUAGGCCUGAAUGUUUUGUACAGAUUUUAGGAUUCUUUGUAGCGACUGUAGAGCUGCUACUGAUAAUAACGGUUAAUGUUUAUCGAGAUUGUCAGAGUGGUGUUCAUUUUGCGACACAUUUAUUAUUGUGAGUGUAAUUUGAAGUGGUGAACAGUUUUGUAGUAGAUCUCAACAGGUUGCUCAGAUAGGCUUCAGCUUCACGUGACCUUCAACGAAAUGAUUGGUAUUGACGAUGGAUGGAUCUAAUAAGCAGUCACUCCAUAUUUACGCAAAAACUUGUGUUUCGUAAGUGAUAAGUUCAAUGACAAUAGCGCAAACAGUGAAUGUGUGAUUAAGAAAGAUGUGUCUGCGCAUACUUAUUUUUCCUUUGUGUAUGCGUCACUUCACAAUUUGCUUGAAACUUGACAAAUACAAUCUGCAGGGAGUAGAUCUGCUGUGCACACAUCACAGCCACCAAAUUAAUAGCUCACUAUUCGGAUCACAUGCUCAUCACACAGAAACUGUGAAGGUAAAUAUUUCAUUGGAACAUAUAAUUGUAAGGCAAAAGCAUGGUGGGCUUUACUGUGGUUGU